GAGCGCCGGGUCUGCCUCGGCGGCCGCCGCGGAGCCGCCCAGGGGUGGGCCUGCUUCGAGGCCUGAGAGCGACGCGGAGGCCAGGGCUCGCAUCUUCGGCUACGGCGCCGCCGCAGUGGCCGCCGCCGCGGCGGCCGCGGCCACGGUGGCCGGCGCCGCCCCCGCGGCCGCCGCCGCCGCGGGGCCAGCGCCUGGCGGGGGGCCGCGCGCGUUCGAGACGGGGGCGGCCAUCGCCGUGGUCAGCGGCACCGGGGUGGAGAGGCAGUGCACCGUCGUCGACGUGGACGCUGGCCAGGUGAAGGUGCACUACGACGGCUUCGCUGACGACUACGACGAGUGGCUGCCGAAAGACUCGGAUCGCAUCAGGGGGCCGGUUGCGGCUGGCGGCGCCGGCUCCUCGGCACAAGCGCUGGAGGACGGCAGCUCCUCGGAGGAGGCUCCAAGGCUGUGGCCGGGGGCGGCCGUCAGGGUGAUCAGCCACUCCGGGGCCGAGAGGCAGUGCACCGUCAUCGGGGCGGCUCCAGGGCCCAGCCUCGGCCCCGACGGGUGGCGGAGGUCCCGUCGCGGCGGGGGGGGACGCCUCCCCACCGAGGAUGGAGAAGGAGGUGGGGGGGGGAUUGGCUGGGGCAGGCGGGUCGCGGCGUGAGGCGGUCCUCGCCUUGCUUCGGGGCGACGAAGCGGAGACGCAGAUGGGGUACGUCAACGCCCUGAAAGCGAUGAGCAAGAGAGGCGAUUUCAGGAACGCCAAGAAGGCCCCAGCGCAGUUGGUCAGAGGAUCGGGCACGUCGACGGCGUCGACGCUUUCGCUUCGGAGGUCUAGUGGGCAGUUCUGGGAUGUCUCGUCGCCACGGCUGGACCCAGCUCGAAAAGCUAGCCAGGAUUGACCCCAGCGAAGGUUCAGGAAUUGAUUUCCAGCGGAUAUUGGAAGAUCGCCAUGACGAGGACGGGUCCUGAGAUUUGAUGGGGAACGUGUCCUGAGGUUGGUCGCCGUCUUCGGGAUUGCUUGGCAUUUGUUCCAAAGCCUUGGGGGCGUGAAAAGAAGAGCUCGG